UCAAGAUUGAGAACUGAGUUUCACGGUCGUGAAACAAGGAUCAAAGAUCAAAGAUUGCCAGAAAAAUAUAACUCACGUAGCAUCUUGUGUUAAUCAUGAUUCGAAUUCAGUUGUUCGUCGACCGCAGCAGGGUACGUCACGUCGUGGAUCGGCAGUCCCUCGUGUCCUUUCCUCGUCCCUCUUCUUUACGUAUUGUCAACAUAUACGUGCAUACAUAUAAAUGCUACUUACACAUAUACUCAUAGACCCACACCAUUCUCGACCCUUGGAUCGCGUAUAGUGAUAAUUUCCUCUUCUGAUCGCGGUGGGAAAACAGACUGUUAGUCGACAGGAAUCGUCGAACUCGUCGGGAAGAAGUUACGAGAUCGGAAAAUCGAAAUAGUUGUGGUAGUAUAUAGAGGAGUGUCAUUAAUCCACAUCAAAACGACUACUAUUAAAGUACCGGAGGUACAAUUUUUCAAAGGAACAAAGGUGACCAGAUAGUGAUUCAUCAUGAUCGUGGAGGAAAAACCGGAGAUGGAAAGCUUCUGGAUUACCAGCGCGAUCAGCGCGAUUAAGGCGAUUUCUUAUGUGUACGACCUGUUGACAUUUCCGGUCUAUCUCGUGCUUCAAAGGCCCUGGAAGACGAUAAAGGCUUCGCGAAGGAUUAAGGCUCGUGCCAUCUCGAAGGAUGAUCAGAUGGUCACGUAUAGGUCGGUUGAGGUGCCAGGGCCGAUGCACAUCGCGCUCGAGCGUGAAAAUAUCGACACGCUUGAAAAGAUGAUGUCUUGGAUCUCUAAGAAGCACACUGACAAGAAGUGUCUCGGCACAAGAGAGAUACUUGCCGAAGAGGACGAAGUUCAAGCCAAUGGUAGAAUAUUUAAAAAGUAUAGAAUGGGAGAGUAUAAAUGGAAAAACUAUGCGGACGUCGACAGGCUUAUGGUAUCGUUUAGUCGAGGUUUAAAAGAAUAUGGCCUCACUGCGCGUAAAAACAUCGUGAUUCUUGCUGAGACUAGAGAAGAAUGGAUGAUAGCGGCCUAUGGUUGUUUCAAGCAAAAUUUGGUUGUAGUCACGAUUUACGCGACCUUGGGCGAGGAAGCUAUUGCUCACGGAAUUAACGAAACGGAAGUCGAUACUGUGAUUACCAGUCACGAUUUAUUGCCAAAAUUCAAACAGCUUCUGAAAGUGGUACAUAAUGUCAAAACUAUUAUUUACAUGGAAGAUCAGCUAAAACCCACAGACACUAGUGGGUACAAAGACGGUGUUAAACUCAUCCCAUUUUCUGACGUUAUCAAGAAAGGUAGUUCUUCUAACGCACCAUCAUCCCCACCACGAAGCGAAGAUACUGCAAUUAUAAUGUAUACAUCUGGCUCGACCGGAAUACCAAAAGGUGUACUUUUGUCACACAAGAACGUGAUCUCUGUGUUGAAAGCGUUUUGCAAUGGCGUUGAAAUUAGAGCAGACGACGUAUUUCUUGCAUUCUUACCUUUGGCUCAUGUGUUUGAACUCCUUUCUGAGACUGUGUGCCUUUUAACUGGUGUGCCUAUUGGCUAUAGUUCACCUCUUACUAUGAUUGAUUCGAGUAGCAAGAUUCAAAGAGGUUCCAAAGGAGAUGCAUCAGUUUUGCAUCCAACUUGUUUGACUGCUGUGCCACUUAUUUUAGAUCGUAUAUCUAAAGGUAUCAAUGAAAAAGUAAAAAAAUCGGGUCCUCUGAGAGAAGCAAUCUUUAAAUUUGCAUAUGACUACAAAUUGAAAUGGUAUAAACGUGGUUAUGAUACUCCAAUUUUCAAUAAAUAUAUCUUUGGAGCUGCCAGGCAAGUCCUUGGUGGAAAGGUUCGUCUUAUACUUUGUGGUGGUGCACCUUUGACCCCAGAGACACAGACUCAAGUUAAACUCUGUCUCUGUCUUACUGUUGCUCAAGGAUAUGGUCUGACUGAAACAACUUCUUGUGCUACAGUUAUGGAUCGGUGGGACAGAAGUACAGGAAGAGUAGGCGGACCAACUACAGUUUGCGAUAUUCGUUUAGAAAAUUGGGAAGAAGCUGGUUACAGAGUUACAGAUACACCGUAUCCUAGAGGAGAAAUCAUAGUUGGUGGUGAAAACGUUUCGGAUGGCUACUAUAAAUUAGCAGAUAAAACGAAAGAAUUUUUCCAAGAAGAUGGGAAACAGUGGUUCAGAACCGGUGAUAUUGGAGAAAUUCACAAAGAUGGAUGCUUAAAAAUUAUAGAUCGAAAGAAGGACUUAGUUAAGUUACAAUUAGGUGAAUAUGUCUCUUUAGGUAAAGUCGAAGCAGAAUUGAAAACAAGUCCUGUUGUGGAGAAUAUUUGUGUGUAUGGCGAUUCGCAUAAGACUUACACAGUUGCACUAGUAGUACCUAACCAUUAUUAUCUAGAGCAAAUUGCGAAUAAUCUGGGAAUUUCUGGAAAGAGCUUAGAGGAACUUUGUAAUAAUCCAGAAAUUGAGAAAGCGGUAUUACAAGAAUUGGUUGAACAAGCCAAAAAAAGUAAGCUCCAGAGAUUUGAAAUUCCUGGUGCUAUAAAAUUAUGUCCGGAACAAUGGACACCGGACAUGGGACUAGUAACAGCUGCGUUUAAGCUCAAAAGAAAAGCAGUACAAGAACGUUACCAAGCCGACAUCAACAGAAUGUAUGCUUCGUGAUGAGAAGAGGUUUAUGAAGAGUGUAAUAGGUGAAGUGAUAUUGAUAUUCAAGCUUUCCAAUUUAGCAAAAAUUUGACAACCAUCGUGUGAGUUCUACGAGCCGUGGUUGAAUAUUAAUUAAGAACUUACUUCAAAUUUGGAAAUGUGUAUUUUCUCUGUUCUCUUUAUCAAAAAAGAUUGUGACUUUUUAAUGCCAAAAAGUCUACUCACGAUAUUAUCAAACGUAUAUAAGAAAUUAAUAUAUAAGAGAUUUUUGCCCGCUCGAAGAUAUUUUAUUAGUCAGUUUAGUUCUUUGUUCGAGAUAAAAAAUAAUUUUGAUUUUCGACGGCGUGAGCAUAUAAAGAGAGUCUUGUAACAUAAUCGUUGUCGUACGUGAUGCAAGGUAUGAGUGAGAAUAAACAAAUGG